GUGUGCUCACUGUCGGCCAACAUGAACAGCACAGAGAAGCUGAAAAUCUUACUAUUCUGCGGCCUGGUACUGUCGGCCGUAGCCGAGGAGGCGAAAAAUACCGCGACGUCGAACGUGAAGCCAAAGGAGGAGAAGACGAAGCGCGGGCUGGAGCUUAGCCUGGGCACCCAUGGCUUGGGAGGAGGUUUCGGAGGAGGUUUCGGUCACGGAGGCUUGGGAGGAGGCCUAGGAGGCGGCCUGGGACUCGGUUUGGGUGGCAGCGAACAAGUAACCGCGGAUCACAUCAAGGCAGUCACGGUCACAAAGACCGUCCACGUGCCCGAACCUUAUCCAGUCGAGGUCACGAAAGCCGUACCUGUCCCCGUCAGUGUACCGGUCAAAGUUCCGAUCGACAAGCCGUAUCCUGUUCACGUGCCUCAACCUUAUCCAGUUACAGUCGAAAAGCCUGUGCCCUACCCGGUCGAGAAGCCGGUACCUUACCCUGUGAAGGUGCCCGUCAAGGUGCCGAUAAAGGUGCCUCUGCCGGUCAAGGUACCAAUCAAGGUGCCGUACACGGUAGCGAAACCAGUACCCUACCCUGUUAAGGUGCCCGUGGUCGUGAAGGAGCCAGUACCCCUCGUCGUGAGUGAUCACGGAUUAGGAGGUGGAUACGGUGGAGGAUUCGAGGGCGGUUUAGGUGGGCACGAGCUGAGCGGUUACGGAGGCGGUUACGGAGGCGGUUACGAACAUUUCUGA